UGUUUGUGCCGUUAUUCCCCUUCGUAUUGCAAAAUGAUAAGACCACAAACACUGCCUUUCGUUUGCCACCUCACUCGCACUGUGUUGCCCAAAAUAUGCACAUUGUACAUAUAUACGUACAGACAGUGUUGUGAAGAAUACACUACCGUCAUCAAAUCCACUUCAUCCAUAUUCCAUGUCACACGGUUCAACUUGCUGAACUACGCAGCUCAAAAUGAAUUCGAUUCUGAUUGAAUUGUGUUGAUUUCAGUUGGAUUAAAGCUCUUAGGAUUGCUUAUAGUGGUCAGAGAGAAUGCAUUGUGCAAGGAUUCUAACCCGGCUUAGACAAACUGUGCCAGGCGCGCAUAGGUCAAUCGCCUGUUUGGCUGCGCUACCGGAUACGCACCAGAUGCUGCACAAGACAUGUCGUGACUUCGCCAAUAGCGAACUGUUUCCGAUUGCGGCCAAAAUCGACCGGGAACAUUACUACCCUGCUGAGCAAAUGGCAAAAAUUGGCGAUCUAGGCCUGAUGUCGAUUGUUCUUAGCGAAAAGUAUGGCGGCACCGGAUUAGAUUAUCUUGCGUACGCCAUUGCCAUGGAAGAGAUUUCACGUGGUUGUGCCUCGAUCGGAGUAACUAUGUCGAUCCACAAUUCGCUCUAUUUGGGUGUACUGGAGAAAUACGGAACCGAACAGCAGAAACGUAAAUUUAUCCCUGGUCAUACGGAUGGGCGCCAGAUAGGAUGCUUUGCGUUAUCCGAACCGGGCAACGGUUCGGAUGCCGGAGCAGCAUCGACUACCGCUGUGCUAGCUGGUGAUCAAUGGGUACUAAACGGCACUAAAUGUUGGAUAUCAGGCGGCUACGAAGCUAAAACGGGGAUUGUGUUUGCGACGACUGACAAGAGUUUAAAGCAUAAAGGGAUUUCAGCUUUCAUAGUACCUAUGGAUUCAGAAGGAUUAAGUCGUGGAAAAAAUGAAGAAAAACUUGGUCUUCAUGGCACUUCUACGUGUCAGUUGAUUUUUGAGGACUGCGCAAUACCAAGAGAGAAUUUGCUUGGUGAGACGGGUUAUGGAUUCAAAAUAGCCAUGCAAUCAUUGGAUGCAGGUCGCAUAGGAGUUGCCGGCCAAGCUUUGGGUAUUGCCCAGGCUUCUCUCGAGUGUGCCGUAGAUUAUGCCAACAAACGAAUUGCCUUUGGUAAACCAAUCAGCAAGCUUCAAGCAAUUCAAAUGAAAAUUGCAGACAUGUCGGUUAAACUAGAAUCAGCUCGUUUACUAACCUGGCGAGCCGCAUGGUUAAAGGACAACAAGAUGUCAUUCACAAAAGAAGCUGCGCAAGCAAAACUGACUGCUUCGGAAACGGCCACAUUCUGUGCGCAUCAGUGCAUGCAGAUCCUCGGCGGCAUGGGUUAUGUGUCGGAUAUGCCGGCAGAACGAUACUACCGUGAAGCGAGAAUCACGGAAAUCUACGAAGGGACCUCCGAGAUACAGAGACUGGUUAUAGCUGGACAAAUUAUCAAGGAACUUUCGGUUUGAUCAGAUUUUUUUUUGCAUCAGUUUUUUUUAAACCAAAUAAAUGUACUUGA